AUGGGUCUUUACCGCAAUUCCGCUUUAUCACAGCUCCUUCCUGCGAAAGCCGAGUAUGAGUUUCUUGCCCGAGAAGAUAUUCAUGCACUUGACCAAACUAUGGCAAAGUUGAGCUCGCUACUCUUAAACGCCUUACCGGAAGAAAAACACGAAAUUCAACUGAAGCAAAAGCGAGCCUAUAAUGAAAAACGGAGCCUUUAUAAUGAAGAGCUCCGAAAGGUCCAGGCGCAAUCAGGGAAGCAACAUGGAAGUAUUUACACAGAGACCAUGUUUCACUAUAGGAGGAAGGUAAUGCCUCAUAGAGACUUCUUGGCUCGCAAAUUGCCUUAUUUGAGGAUCACCGAAAAUGGUUACAUCUCUACCGUUGCUACUCAAGGCAUUACAGAACCACGCACGGGUUUGCAGAAAUAUGCUUUGAAUGCGACCUAUGGUUUACCAAUGAAUCGGAGUGGGGGACUCAUUGCCAGGAACAUCUUGAUAAUCCAGGCAAUUUGCUCCGUUGUGAUCCGAUGGUAUUUCGGAACGCACCCAUAA